UCCCAGGCAGGCAGGACCCUCCUCCUCCUCCUCCGGCUCCUCCCCCUCCUGCUGCUGCCGCUGCCGGCAGCUCUGAGUCACAGCCCGGGUCCGUGCAGGUCCCUCCUCCCCUCUCCUCCUCUCCCGGCUGCUGCACAGUUUCCCAGCCAAACUUUCCAGCCUGGUCUGAUGCAGCCGCAGGACGGAGGCUCCUUCCAGGGACGCGCAGCCUGAGCCCGGACACAGAGCUGAUACCCCGGGGGCAGUGCUGCCUGACUGCUGGAGGAGACCUGAUUGCAGCCUGACUGCUGGAGGAGACCUGAUUGCAGCCUCUGUGUGGAUGUAGCCAUUGCUGCGCUGUUUGGCACUGGAGAGGGCACCUUUUGGCAGUGGGCUCAUGCAGGUAGCAUCUGCUAGAGUUCCCCGGGUAUGGACAACUUCCCCGCAACUUGGAGGACAUCAGUAGUUUGUGGGCUGAGAUUCAAAGCAAAAAUAAAGUGAAAGGCUGCCCUUGGGGCGUCUGCAGCCACGUUCCACGCGAUGCCUUUCAAGCUCACACUACGGAGGACCAAGCGGUACAAUGUCCUGAGCAAGAGCAGUUUUGUUAGUCGUAUUCGACUAUUGAACUCAUCGGAGAUCGAGUGCAACCUCUCCGUGGAUAGCACCGGGCUGGAGUGUCUGGAGGCCGUAGCUCUGAGACUGGAGCUUUGCGAGACUCACUACUUUGGCCUCUGGUUUAUUGGAAAGUCUCGCCAGGCGCGAUGGGUGGAGCUUGGAAAAUCACUGAAGAAGCAACUGGACAAGUUUUCCAUGGAGUCCUUACUCUACUUUGGUGUAAUGUUCUAUGUGCCCAGUGUCUCCUACCUAAACCACAGCAUCACCAGGUACCAGUAUUACCUCCAGCUCAGGAAGGACGUGUUUGAGGGCCGCCUGCACUGUACUGUGGAGCAGUACAUCCGACUAGCUGCGCUAGCUGUGCAAGUGGAAUCUAAGGAUUAUACUCUCUUUGAGACACACGACUUCCUCAGAAAUUACAUGCUGUUUCCUGCGGGCUGGGUCCAAGACCAGGCAUUAUUGGAAGAGUUAUAUCACAAGGUGGUCCUGGAAAGCAAAGCUCUGAGUGGAAUGCCGCCGGAAGAGGCUGAAGUUCACUACAUAAAGGAAGUGGAGGUCCUGGAUGGCUACGGGCAGGAGUGCUUCCAUGUAAAGGACAGCCAUGGAAAUGACGUAACCCUCCAUAUCUUCUUCAUGGGGAUAUUCACCGGAGACAGCCUUUGGAAAGCAAUAGCCUGCUACAGGUGGAAUGACAUUGGGAAUAUCACGCACAACAAGUCUGCAGUUGUUCUGGAGCUGAACAAGAAGGAAGAGAGCGUCCUCUUUCACACGGACGACAUUGAGAAUAGUAAAUAUAUAUCUCGUCUGUUCGCUGCUCGGCUGAAAUUCUACAAAGUCAACAAGAUCUGCACAGAACCGCAGAACACGCCACCUACCGUCAGACGACAACAUGCGUGGAGCAGGUCCUCCGUGUCUAGGCAGCCGUCCUCUAUAUUACCUCCCAGACACAUCCAGGGAACGGAAACAUACAUGUCCGAAGAUAGCAUCUUCCACAUGAGUGAGGACACCUUUAAUUGCAGAUCUCAGAACAGUUUGGACAGAUACAUGGAACUGAAUUUCAUGAACGGAACUUUGCCAAAUGGUAGCGUCUCAAGUGCCCAUAGCAUGAAUUCGCUGAACCAUUCGCAGAACUUCAUCCAGGCUUCCCCCAUGUCCUCCAACCUCAGCAUCACCGGCAAUGACAUCAUGAGAUCGGAUUAUAUCCCAAAGUGCAGACAUAGUGCCAUUAUUGUGCCUUCCUAUCGGCAAACACCGGACUACGAGACUGUUAUGAGACAAAAGAACAGGAGCGUUUACCCGCCGGACAGUCAGAGCCAGUCUUUACGGAACCUCAAUAUUGGGAAUACGCAUGCGUACAGGCAUCGGGAGAACUUGGUGUACAGCCAACCUGAAAUUCAGGAGAGACCACCUUACAUGUCCUCCUAUGGACCUCAGCCGCCCUUCGGCAACAAACCUGUGAAUCCAUCGGAACAAACCCCACCGGGCCAGGCAGGGUCAAAACCAGCUUAUAGCAAGGCCAUUUCCCACACGGUCAGCACGCCGGAGCUAGCCAAUGUUCCACCGCAAACCUUUAGUACUGCCCAUAUGUUUAGAAACUUCUUAUCCCGGCCUCCACCGCCUUAUCCACCCACGCGACCGGCUAGCAGCACCCCAGACUUGGCAAGCCAUCGCCAUAAACGUGUCAGCAGCAGUAGCCCAGAUCUAGUGACCAGAAAAGUGCAGCAGUCGGUGAAAACUUUCCAAGAAGACAGCGCUCCGGUGGUCCGCCAGUCCUUGCAGGAGGUCAGCGAGCCAUUGAAAACCCACAAGCACCAUCCGGUUAUUAACAAGCGCCAUAGUUUUGAAGUCAUGAGCAGUAUGGUCCGUGGUAUGGAAGUUAUGGCUUUAAAGUCACUAAUUGCCCCACUGCCGCGGAGGAACACUUUGAGAGAGCAGCUGCACACGGAGGAAUCCAUGACGAAGUCUCCGGAGGUGCAGCAGCUCCCGAUGUACCACCACAAGAAGAACAUUUCCGAUGCUACCAUGCUGAUCCACAGCAGCGACAGCGAGGAGGAAGACGACUCGCACAAGCCUGCGCAACACGCCCCGUUCAUUCAGGGGAUUUCCUACAGUGCCCAGCUGCAGGCCGCAUUGGCUCGGAUACCCAAUAAGCCGCCUCCGGAAUACCCAGGUCCAAGAAAAAGCAUCAGCAAUGGAGCUUUGCGGCAUGACUCGUCUACUAUAUCUGCCGCCAUAGCGCGAGCCAAGGCAAUGAGCUCCCGGCCGUCCCAAACACUGUGCAUGUCCAGAAAUGACCAACCAGCCAUAAAUGGGACCUCCCUGGGGCCAUCCAUUUCCGAGCCUGACCUCACCAGUGUGAAAGAGAGGGUCAAGAGGGAACCGGUGAAGGAGAGACCGGUAUCUGAGAUGUUUUCUACCGAGGACGCCAUUGUGGAAAGAGAAAUCAUGAUGAGGAAGAAUUUACAAAAGCAGGAGGUGGCAGCGCAGAAGAGACCCUUGAUGUUGGCAGCGCUGAAUGGGCUCUCUGUUUCCAGGAUUCCUGUGCCGGAGGACAGGCAGGAUGAAACGGUGAUUGUGCCAAUGGAUGAGCGGUGUAAGGCCUUGGGGAGGAAGCUGGAGGAGGGAAUGGUGUUCACGGAGUACGAGCAAAUUCCAAAGAGAAAGGCAGAUGGCGUUUUCACCACCGCAACUUUGCCAGAAAAUGUAGAGCGCAACAGGGUCCGCGAGGUUAUUCCUUAUGAAGAAAACCGGGUAGAGCUGGUUCCCACCAAAGAAAAUCACACCGGUUACAUCAACGCGUCACACAUAAAGGUGGCUGUAGGGGACAAGGAAUGGCAUUACAUCGCCACGCAGGGCCCCCUUCCCCACACGUUCCACGACUUCUGGCAGAUGGUGUGGGAGCAGGGGGUGAAUGUGAUCGCCAUGCUGACCUCUGAAGAGGAGGACGGAAGAGCCAAGAGCCACCGAUACUGGCCCAAGUUGGGAUCCAGACAUAAUUCCGCCACUUACGGGAAAUUUAAAGUAACCACCAAUUUUCGCACAGAUUCCGGUUGCUAUGCAACCACUGGGCUGAAGAUCAAACACCUCUUAUCUGGUCAAGAGAGGACCGUCUGGCACCUGCAGUUUACCGACUGGCCAGACCACGGCUGCCCAGAGGAAGUGCAAGGCUUUCUGUCGUAUCUGGAAGAGAUCCAGUCGGUGCGUCGUCACGCCAAUAGCAUGCUGGACAGCAGCAGCCACUGGAACCCUCCGGUUUUGGUUCAUUGCAGUGCGGGUGUGGGAAGAAGCGGCGUGGUUAUUCUCAGCGAGCUGAUGAUGCGCUGUCUGGAGCACAACGAGCAAGUUGAGAUCCCUGUGAUGUUGAAGUAUCUCCGAGAACAAAGGAUGUUCAUGAUCCAGACAAUCGCGCAGUACAAAUUUGUCUAUCAAGUUCUCAUCCAGUUUUUGGAAAGCUCCAGACUCAUCUGACGCUGUUUCCGCGAUCGGACACGUGACUGCGAAGAAUUCCUUGACGGAAGCCGCGACUCCCAGUAUUUGACAUUUGUCAUGCAGAGCACAAAAACCUUCCCUUUUUUUGUAUUAUUUUUUAAAUAACUUAUUUUUUUUUUUUUUUUUAUAAUUUAUGUAAAAAGUUGAACCACAUUUUAAGAUGCAGGAUGUUGGGUGGUUUUUGAGUAUUUUUUAAUAAAAUUUUAGACUUUUUUUUUUUUUUUUUUAAUAUAUAUCUUUAAAAGCAGAGGAAAGAAAAAGUAAAAUAUGGCUGAAGUUGCAA